AUGGUUACAGAUCCCAGUUCAUCCGGAGGACUGGCAGCAGACGGCGUUCCACAUCCCCACCCGCAAGCUGGAGUACAGAUCCCAGUUCAUCCGGAGGACUGGCAGCAGACGGCGUUCCACAUCCCCACCCGCAAGCUGGAGUGCACCUGGGUUGAACCAGAUCCGGCUAAGAUUGAGGCGAUUCAGAGGUGGUUGCUGCCGCUGUAUAAGGGAGCAGAUGUUCAGAAGUUGGUGGGCAUCGUCUCAUACUACCGCAAUAUCAUUUCUGGAUUCGUUCGCAUUGCUGUCUAUGUGAAGCCGGCAGACGACUCAGCGGACCACUGA